ACCGGUGGCACUGUUCAAGAUGUGUGCUCAACCACUGCAGUACGAAGUCCUAGACGAGGAGACAAAGCAUAAGCUACAAGAAGAGGACGAGUUAUAUGUAAAUAAUUGCAUUCGCGUUGGUGAUAAAAAAUGGUUCUUUCUAAAUACAUAUGCAGAUCAAAAUGAAGCAUUUCGAAACUUUAAAACCAACCCUAGUGAUGUAUGGGUUUUAUCACUGCCAAAAUCAGGUGCAAACUGCAUGCAAGAAUUGGUCUGGUUGUUGGAAAAUAAUUUGGACUAUGACUCUGCUGUGAAGUACAAAUUGGACACUAGAUUUCCAUUUUUCGAUACUAGCUUGUUGCAGCCACAUUCAAUGUCAGAGGAAUAUUUCAAUAUGUCUGAAGAUGAGGCUGAGAAAGUUAACGGAAUCAUCAGAGAAGGAAAGACCAGCCCCGAAAUUAUUGCUGCUUAUCCAUCGCCUAGGUAUAUCAAGAGUCAGCUCCCGUUUGAAAUGUUACCUACUGAUCUUCUAGAUUCGGGUGCCAAGAUUAUAUACGUUGCACGACAUCCAAAGAAUGUCGCAGCCUCUUAUUAUUACUUUCGUCAAAGGAUGCCGCGUUUUUUCAAAUUCAAAGCCGACUUCAAAACCUUUUGGAAUUUCUUUACAAAGAGCUUGAUACUAUACACUCCAUAUUGGGAUCACGUGAAAGAAGCGUGGAAACGAAGGGAUGAUCCAAAUUUCCUUUUUGUUUUUUAUGAGGAAAUGCAAAAUGACUUACCAAAAAUUAUUGAGAGGGUUGCCGAGUUUUUAGGAAAGAGCUACAGCACUGAAGAAGUAGGGACGUUGGCUGAUCAUUUGGAUGCAAACUUUCAAGAAAAUGAUACAGUCGCUCAGAAUGAUGGUGAGGAAGUCACUUUAACAAGAGAGAACAAAUUAAUUGGGAAGGGAGAUCUGGGUGAGUUAAAAGAUCUAUUCACUCCUGAACUGGAAGCUGAAGCGGAUGAGUGGAUUGAAGAAAAUCUUAAGGAUACCGAUCUAAGCUGGCCUGUUUGAAUAUGUGAUAGAGUUGUAAAAUUGUGCGACGCACAACCAAUUGGUGACUGAUUAUUUAAUUGCAUUGCAAUUUACACUUGAUAAUAUUUAAUAAUUGCUUAUAAAAUCAAUAUUAUCAAAACAACUGUAAUACAUUAAAAAUAAAAAAUUUAUGUUAUCUGUA